AAAACAUCUAUUCCACGUGUUGGAGUUGUUUCUGUUAUGUUGGUUUGUUGUGUAAAAGUUUUUGAGUAAACGUAUUUUACAUACUAACAGGAUGACGAAAUCCAAGAGGAAUAAACACAAACGAAAGGUAGAUAAAGCUGCUGAAGAUUUAGUUCCUAAUCAGCCCACUAAAGAAAUUAAUGUUUUGAUUGAAGAGGCAGAAUCUGCUAUUGAUACAUUUAACUAUGACGAAGCUGAUUCUAAACUGACUGAAGUAUUGAAAAUAAACCCAGAUGACACAAAAGCAUUAGAAAUGCUAGCUAGUGUGUACAUAGAACAAUGCAAAUGGCUUGAGGCUGAAAACCUUUUGAAACAUUGCAUAGAAAUUGCACCUUCUGUUGGAUAUUCAAAAUUCUUUUCUAUGGCUCAACUUUGUGAUGGGAAAGAAGCUUUAGAAAAUUAUCUAAAAGGUGUUGAAAUAAUAGAAAAGGAACUAGAAAAUGUAGAAAAUAUUUUACCUUCUGAGGAGAAGAAUAAACCUUCCCUGCAAAGAAAUUUAUCUGAUGCAUAUUGUUCCAUUGCUGAAAUUUAUAUGACAGAUUGUUGUGAUGAAGAAAAUGCAGAAGAAAAUUGUGCAAGUUCAAAUCCUGAUGCCUACCAGUGUUUUGCCGGUUUUCAUCUUAUUAGAGAAAGACUUGAGGAAGCUAAAGAAGCAAUUCAAAAGAGCCUGUCAUUAUGGUUGCCCCAACAUGAAGCAAUGCGUGAUGGAGAAAGUAAUGAAAUGGAGAUUGUGUUACCUGGACAAGAUAGCAGAACAAAAACAAGCAAGAUACUGAUAGAGGUUGAAAUGUUUGAGGAGGCUACAACAAUAUUGGAGGGAUUGCUAGCAGAGAAUGACGAGAACGUCGAGUUCUGGUACCUACUAGGUUUGGCCAAUUACAUGCAUGGAGAAGAGUACAAAUAUAAUGCUCAUUAUUACUUCCAGAAAGCCAAAGAGAUUGGUACAAAAUUUGGAUUUGAAGAUGAAGAAAUGGAGCCACAAGUUGAUGACUUCAUCGAAGAACUAAGGAAGGAUUAUCCUUUAGAUGAAGAGGAUGAACAGGAUUCAAAGGAAGCUGAAUUUGACUCUUCUUCUGAUUCGCAAGAUGAAAUGGAAACAUAGCAGUGAAAUGUUUUUUUGCAUUUGUAAAUCGGAAUAAUUUAUUCUAAAAUUUUAUCAGUGAUAUUAAUAACUUAUGAUUUUGAAAAUUUUCAUUGCAACAGUUAGUGCAGUUUUUAAAAUUGAAUUCAAAAGUUAUUUCCGCAUUUUAUUCUGUGUAUAUAUGUAAAUAUUUU